AUGAAUUUCACUGAAGUAUUAAAGAAAAUUCCAACACCACAAGUUUCAAUGCCACAAAUACCACAAAUGAGUAAAUUUGGAAUAAAUAAUAAUAAAGAAGAUAUAGGAAAAGCUCCAAUGAAUAUGACACAGGAGGAUAUGCAACAAUUGAUUCAUUACAUUGGUGAAUCUGUUCUUAUUCCAGAGGAUGGAGCGUUUAUUGCAUUGUGGAUUCUUACUCUCAUUGAUCAUUGGAAUAAUGAACAUGAACGUUUAAUUGUAUUAACUGAAAGAAAUUUCUAUAUAUUAAGAUAUGAUUUUCUUCAAUGUCGUGUACGUGAUAGUCGUCGUGUAGGUCUUGGACAAUUGAUUAGUGUUAUAACUGGACCACUUGUAUUUCCAGCAAAAUCAUUAAUGCCUAUACGUAGUUCACCUGGUGUUCAGUUAAAAUGGGGUGAUGAAAAUGAUGUAAAAAUUACACAAAAGUGGAAUCCAUUAUGUCGUAGUUUACCUUAUGCUACAUUAACUCAUCAUCCACUUUAUUCUAAACGUGAUCAAUUACCAACAAAACAAGUGAAUGUACCAGGUGCCGGAUAUGAAGAUUUAUCUAAUCCAGUAUCUGUAUACGAUGUGAAUAAUUUUCUUACAGCAUUACGUGAAGCUUGUUCUGUUUACCAAUGGUGAAAUUGUUAUUGAAAGUUAUGGUAAUUUAGGUAGUGUUGUAUUCAAUCAAAGUAAUUUGGGUUUUGCUAAACCAAAACCACCUACAUCAUGAUGAUCUAUUAUAUAAUGUCAAUAUUGAUUGAAUAAACUAUAAAAUAAAAAUAAAAAAACAAAUGCAUUUCCUAUAAACAAUAAUGACAUAAUAUUAUCUACGAAAGUUCGUUAUUCUCUUCAGUUAUUUCUUCUUAGAUAAUCCUUAGUAUUUUCUCUCUCUCUUUCUCUCUUUGUUAAUCAAUAUACAUUGGAUCAUAGUGGUCAUGAAUGACUUAUUAACAAACAAAAAAAUAGUUUGAUUUGUACUCUUUUAAAAUAUGAUAACCUUCGAUUUUAGUUUAAACAUUUAUACUACUUAUUUCUAAAAUUAGUAGUAUC